AUGACCCAGAGUUGGAAGACUCGAACUCGUUCCUCCACAGCAAAUCCAAACAAAAAGCCCAAAGCAGAUCGAAACUCUUCCACGCCACCCUGUACCAACAACGAUUCCACUCUAAAGUCUAGAUCCACAUCCACGGCACCGUCAUCCACAAUAAUUGUCGAGCGUCGUACGCCAACGCGAGUCAAGCAGCUCAAUAACAAAGACUCCCCUAAGCCGAAGCGAAAGAAGCAGACCUUCCAAAGAAACAUCAUCCGCGUCAUCUGUGUCCACGUCAAAACGCUUCUUGAAACCUACACUAAUCUGGAUGAUGCGAACAACAAGGUCGCCAGUCAGUGGGCAGAGGAGCAGUCAACCGGAAAUAUGGAUCACGUCAAGGACGUGGAGGAAGAUGGGAGAAUUUGGUGGGCAGCUUUGGAUAAAGAUGCGUUGCGUCUAAAGAAAGUCGAACUUGAGCUUCGCGGCAUCAGAGGCAAGAAAUACUCCUAG